UAAUAUGGCGGACGAGACAGCGCGGGAAAAGUUGUAUUGAAAGGUUUUUUGUGUUUUCUUUUUCCUCGGGUAACAAUAUUUCAAGUGAUAUUUAGGAAAGCAAGUUAAGUUCUUCUUCUCGUCUUACCAAGAUGGGGAAAAAGUCUGCCAAAGGAAAGGAGAAAAAACUAAGGAGGAAGGAGGAAAUGGCCAGAGUUAGUGCUGCUCAAGCUGUGGUGGAUGUUGCUAAUGAGGUGAAAGAUCCUUUAGCAGCUUUGACAGCAUUUAAAAGCUUCAAAAGAAAUGGGUUGGAUCUUCAGCUGGAGUGUCAGCGAAUAACAGACAUGAGUGCCGAGGAUAUUGAGUGGUCCUUUGAUCUCACAAAACACAACAUGCAAUUGCUUUAUGAGAAAAGCUCUUGGGGCUGGAAUGACAAGAAGAAGAAAGAUGAAAUGACAGAAGAUAAAGCUUGGUAUCUUAUGGCUAAAGACAAUUCAGGAAAAGGAGUUGCAUUCUCACAUUUCAGGUUUGACUUGGAAGAGGGAGAUGAAGUACUUUACUGCUAUGAAAUUCAAGUAGAACCUGGAGCACGAGCCAGAGGACUUGGCAAGUUCUUCAUGCAGAUUUUGGAGAUGAUGGCACACAGAGCCGAGAUGAAAAAGAUCAUGCUCACUGUGUUGAAAGGUACAUUGAAGAAGAAUAGGAAAACCUGCAGAAGA